AUGAACCUGCUGGGUCAAGAUGCAGUAGAGAAGGCUGAGACCAUGGACAGAUGUGGAAUGAUGGCGGGGUGGUCCAUCACCCAGAGGUUUAUGAACAAUGGAGCUUCUAUUCUGGACCCUUUGCCUUUUGAGUCUGCGGCUCCUGUGACCAUGAUAGAUCCCCCAGCACAGCACAGACAAGAGCUUGUCAGUCCACAGGGGAGCUUUGAGACCUAUUCCUAUGACAGAUACCAUCCCAUGGGAGAGAUCUAUCAGUGGAUAAGCCAGGUCAGCGGGAAGCAUGCAGGAGUGCUGAUGCAGCAUUUCCUGGGAAUGACCUAUGAGACCUGGCCCAUGCACUACUUGAAGAUAAGCUUAGCAUCCAGCAAUCCCAAGAAGAUCAUUUGUAUGGAGUGAUUGGAAUGGAUUGCCCCUGCUUUUUGCCAGUGGAUUUUGAAAGAGGAAAGUAAUGAUAAAAGACAAUUUAUCAGCAAUAGAAUGAUCAGCAGGCUCCUUAAGGAACCAGACUUAUUUGUGCUUCCUGUCCUGAACACCAACAGUUAUAUCUACACUUGGGCAACAGUGUGGACACUGAGCAAUCAUAGUGGCAUAUGCUUUAGAACAGAUCUCAAUUGGAAUUUCAAUGUCCCCUGGUGUAUCGGCAUGUCCUUAAACUGCCAAGAUGUAACAUUCUGUGGGAUAGAACUAAUGUCAGAACCAGAGACUAACUCCAUCUCAAGCCUAAUAGAAAGCAAAAAAAAGAAAAAAAGAAAGAAAGACAUCCUGUGCUUCCUGACCACGUGCUGUUAUGGGCAGCUCAUUCUCACACCAUAUGGCUACACCAAAAAUAAACCAAGUAAAUACGAACAUAUAAUUCAAGUUGGACAGAAGGCGGCAAGCACACUGAAAGCAAAGCACGGAACCAAUUAUAGAGUUGGAUCGAGCGCAGAUAUUUUAUGUAAGAAUUCAGGAUCCUCAAAAGACUGGGAUGGAGACCCUGGGAUCCCCUUCUCAUACACACUUGAGCUAAUGGACAGUGGUACCCAUGGGUUUGCUCUGAUAUAG